ACCCUCCUCCUCCUCUCCUCCCCCCUCCUCUCUGCCCCGGCUGCUCCCCCCCCUGCCUCCGCGGCGUCGGGCCGGGCGGUGUACCGGGCGUUCGACACCUCCCUCACCCACCUGACCGUCCACCGGCGGACGGGUGAGGUGUUCGUCGGCGCCGUCAACCGAGUCCUGAAGCUGUCGGCCAAUCUGACGGAGCUGAGGAGUCACAUGACCGGACCUGUGGAAGAUAACGCCAAGUGUUACCCCCCGCCCAGCGUCAGGGCCUGCGCUCACCGGCUGGAGUCGUCAGAUAACGUGAACAAGCUCCUCCUGGUGGACUACACGGGGAACAGGCUGGUGGCGUGCGGCUCCAUCUGGCAGGGCGUGUGUCAGUUCCUGCGACUGGAGGAUCUCUUCAAACUGGGCGAGCCGCAUCACCGCAAGGAGCACUACCUGUCGGGAGCCAGAGAGGCUGAUGGGAUGGCAGGUGAGCGUGGUUCAGAUGAACAGAGUUAA